AUGGCUACUCAGGAAUUGCUAGUUGCCGUGAAUUUACUCCUUUCCCGCAAUUUCGAGUCUUCCCGGAGAUUCGCCUUAGACCUCCAACUCCAACAUUCCGACCCAGCCAUUGCAGUCCCCGCUUCCGAAAUCGUCGCCAUCUCUGAAGUCAUGGCCGCUUCCGAACGCCGUUUCGGCAACGGAAGGCUUGACUGGUACGCUAUCCUGGGCGUCCCUCGCUAUUCCGACAAUCCUCAACUUGUCAAGACUCGUUUCAAGGAGUUCUACACUCUCAUAAACCCUAACAUAAACAAGUUCCCUUUCGUCCAAUGCGCUUUCGACCUCGUCCAAGACGCUUGUAAGGUGCUUUCAGACCCCGACAAAAAAGCCGCCUUCGACAACGCCCUCCAAAUCUUCGAAUCCUCGGGAGAAGACUAUGAAUGUGCAUCGGACGAAACAUUCUGGACGAUUUGUCCUUACUGUUACUAUGUUUACGAAUUCCAUAGCAUUUUCAAGGAUUGUUGUUUAAGGUGCAGAAACAACAAAUGCAUGCGAGGAUUCACUGGUGUGCCACUUGACUCGCCACCUCCGGCUGAUGUUGCCAAGAGCGGUGAGUAUCUCUGCCUGGGUUUUCGUCCUAUUGAGUUCGAGGGCGAAAACGAGAAAAGGGUUUCUAUCUGGACGCCUUUCACUGGAGUUGCUGGUAUAAGGAAAGCAGAUGUUGAUACUGAUGAAGAGUAUGGAAAAAAAGCUGCUGCUGCUGCUGAUCAGGAAAAGCUUAUUGGAAAAAAAGUUGUUGUUGAUGAAAAGGCUGAUAGAAAGAAAGCCCUUGAGGAAAAGGCUAAAGGGAAAAGAGUACUGGUUGAGGAAGAGGAUGAGGAGGAUGAGGAUGAGGUUACUAGUCCAAUGCCGCAGAAGAAGAAAAGGAAGGAGUCGCUGGGCUCGUGGACUGUGGAGCUUGACAUGAUGAAAGGGAUCACAAUCAAGAAGAAGGAGAAGAAGGGUAAAUCUGUUUUCCUUGGAUGA